UCACAACCAUCGAUGGCAACUUAUUACUCUUAUGCUCAACCCAGAUCAGUCCACGAAUUUAUUGUCAAAGAUGCAAGUGGUAAAGAUGUUAAUCUUAGCAUUUACAAAGGGAAGGUAUUGUUGAUUAUUAACGUUGCAUCACUAUGUGGUCUUACCAAAAAAAACUACACUUACUUGACACAAUUGUAUGAUAAAUACAAGGACCUAGGAUUUGAGAUCUUGGCAUUUCCAAGUAACCAGUUUAAGCAAGAGCCAGGAACUAAUGAGGAGAUCGUGGAGUUUGCGUGCACGAAUUACAAAGCUGAAUUCCCCAUUUUUGACAAGAUUGAAGUGAAUGGUAGUAAUGCUGCCCCAAUAUUUAAGUACUUGAAAUCAACCAAAAGGGGGUUUAUGGGAGAUAGAAUAAAGUGGAAUUUUACCAAGUUUGUAGUUGAUAAACAUGGUAACGUUGUUGAUCGCAUCUCACCAUUUACUCCCCUAAAGAUCGUCGAGAAGGACUUGAAGAAACUGCUGGGCGUCCCUAAAUAAGGAGGCAUCUUGACCAAGACAUAUGAUACUUAUGAAUCAGACUGACUUCAUGUUCCUAUCUCGUUUCUAUUGCUAUCAAGAUAUAACAUAUAAAAAAAAAUUAAAAAAAAAAAAUUUAUUUCAAUGUUUUUUGUUUUUAUUUUGAAAUAUAUAACC